CGAUUUACAAAAUACUGCACUCCUAUGGUAUCCAAGGUUGUUGGCUUAUGCACUUCAGCAAACGCAAACUUGCACUUGGAUACGUACGCUGCAUAUGGCCCAAUUCCUGUAACUACGUACCCAGAGCCUAGGAAAAAGUUUGGACCUUCUGUACCGUUCGCAAGGAAUAAUUCGUCUUCCUUUUCAGCUUUCCGCGAGGCACACUCUCGGCGGCACAAUUUUUCGGAGAAUUUCAUUCUUUUCCGUCUUCCGCAGAACGAUCAUGCUAGAAGAAUUUUAACUUGCAACAUUUUAAUAUCUUUGUCAUGGUAGAAGAGACAGAAAAGCGAAAGGGGAGUGGAAGAGAGGCAGAGUUCCAGACCAAUGCUUUCCGCUGGGGACACGGCAACAAGUACUGGGACAAUGUCAAAGUACACCCGGAAUCAGGUUGCAGAAUGACAGACACCAACACCCUGCAUGAGGAAAACAACCCCUGCAUAAAGGAGUAUAACCUCUCCAUGAAAUGUCUGUAUGAGAAGGUCAUGAACAGGGAGUCUUGUGGGAUGUACUUUGACAACUAUAGGAUAUGCAAAACAUUCUGGACGCGUGUCAUUAGGGAUAGGAGGAGGAGGGGGAUAUUACCAGUGGUGCCGCCUGUGAGCGAAAGGGAGAAGGUCAAGAAGGAAUAUUUAGGGACAAAAGGUUUUGAGUUGUAGAGGUAAAUAUGCUGCCAAUGGCAAAACAGAUCACAUUUAAUGGUCUUUCUUGCUCGAUUGAAAGUAGGAUAUUUUUAUGGGAAAAAGAAUGAAAUGUUUCUUGUUAGUUUUGCUAACCUGGGAAAUUUAUGAGGAAUAUUCUUAUGCAUAGGUUGUAUAGAAAAUAAAACUUUGUUUGUGAUAUAUCAAAUAAAUCUUUAUUUGUGAUAUA